AUGACGGACAGCAACGACCCACCAACAACAGCAACCUACACCCAGUUCGCCUGCAUCGGCGCAGGCUUCUCAGGCAUCGGCCUCGGCGCCACCCUGAAGCUCAAACACAACAUCACCGACAUCCGCAUCUUUGAACGAGAAGCUGAGCUGGGCGGCACCUGGCAUCUGAACCAAUAUCCCGGAGCCGCCUGCGACAUCCCCUCCUCCCUCUACACCUUCUCCUUCGCCCCUUGCCCCCAAUGGACCUCCACCUCCCUCCCCACCGCCCCCCAAAUCAAGUCUUACCUCGUCUCCAUCGCGGAAAAAUACUCCCUCCUCCCAGGCAGAAUAACAUUUUGCUCGUCGGUCCAAAAAUGCGAAUGGCUUCCCAGCCCCAUCUCCCGAUGGCGACUGACGGUCCUCUCCCACAACGCCAUCUCCCACCAUGAAUGCCAGUUUCUUUUUUCCGGAACUGGGAUUUUGUUCCAUCCGAAAACAUCCUCUUUUUUCUCCCUCCCCGGUGCCGGGUCGUUUUCUGGGACGGUGAUGCAUUCUGCUAGGUGGGACCACAGUGUUGACCUCGGCAACAAAAAGGUGAUGUUGUUUGGGAACGGGUGUUCCGCUUCGCAGAUUGUACCGGCGUUGCUUGGGAGGAGCAACAACGCUGAGGUUUGCUCUUCCGGACGUGACUAUAAUGUUGAUAAGAUAACGCAGUUUGUCCACUCGAGGCAUUAUGUCAUUCCCUCCUUGGCAGAGCUUUUUCCUUUGGCGCUUCUGGAACGACUGCCGCGCGAGCUUCAAAGGUUGUUGUGUAUCUUGAUUGGGGAGAUGGAUUUCAUCGCGAUGAGGGAGAACAAGGUUGGGAGGUGGAUCAGACGGAAAAAAACGGAGGAGGUGAAAAGGUAUAUGAGGGAGACGGUGCCGGAGAGGUAUAGCGAUUUGGUGGUGCCGGAGGGGGUUGAGUUUGGGUACAAGAGACGGGUGUAUGACCCGGGGUAUUUGAGGGCGUUGCAUGAUGAACGGGUUGAGUUGGUUGGGGAGCGGGUUGUGGAGGUGGUACCUGAGGGAGUGAAGACGGAAGGGGGGAGGUUGGUGGAGGGGGAUGUGAUUGUGCUGGCGACGGGGUUUGAGACGAAUAGGUUUUUGGAGGGGGUUGAGGUGGUUGGGAGGGGGGGGGAGAGGUUGGGGGACCAUUGGGGGGAGGAUGUGAGUGAUGGGGAUAGUCUGGAUGGGAAGAAGGGGGUGAAGGGGGUGGGUGCUUAUGAGACGGUGGCGGUGGGGGGGUUUCCGAAUUUCUUUAUGUUGGCUGGACCAAACUCUGUCACGGGACACACCUCUGUUAUCAUCGCCAUCGAGAACGCCAUCACGCUCGCGAUGAACGUUAUCAAGCCUAUUCUCUCCAAAGGGAGUAAAGUGAGAGAAGUGGAAGUAACACCCGAGGCGGAGAGGCAGUGGGUGAGCAAUGUGCAGGACGAGUUGAACAACAAGACGAUCUGGGGCGGUGGAGGUAACAAGACCGCGGCGGAGUCGUGGUAUGUCAAGCUUGAUGAGAAGACGGGCAAGAGGUGGAACGCGAUGUUGUACCCGGGAUAUCAGCUUGGUGCCUGGUACCGGGCGAGGAAGCCUAGGAAGGAAGAUUGGGUGUAUCAGUAGUGCUGAAAGGCAUGAUGGACAAGUACCAGCAUCUGCACAGCAAUUUUCUUUUUUCUACAUUAACAUCUACUUUGGCAUGCCCUGCAGAGAAAAAGAUACUCUUCAGCUUCGCAAAGCUGGCCAACCUUUUUGAUCUCAAACACAAUUCGCCAUGCCAUCUGAUUCCUUGCUUCACCGCACCAUAUCGCACAAGAUGUCCGCCAGUACUAAAACAUUAUAUUGAAUACCCGCUAUCUUCGAAAAGUCUGCCCACCAACCUUAGCGGUAGCCAACCAGAGUUAACAACCAAGCAAUCACCAAACCACCCUCACCACCCUCACCAAUCCUCACCAAUCCUCACCACCAACGCCCCCAAAUCCCCAUCGGCCACGCCCCCCUUCCACUUCUCGGCCGAAUCCAAUCAUCCCUCACCUCAUGAAAACUCCACCCCAACCCCGCCUCCCCAUCCCCCUCCCUCCAAGCCUCAACCCCCAUCUCCUGGUACUGCGACCAAAACGCCACAUGAUCCAAGUUGGGCAACCUAUCCAUCACCGCCCCAACAACCCUCCUCAUCUCCUUCUCCACCUCCUCCCUUGCAAAAUUCUCAUCCCCAGCCAUAUCCCUCACCCCCUCACACCGAAAAUCCACCACCGGAAACGCCACCCUUUUCAGAUUUGGCAUUUGCUCCAACGCGCCAACAAUAUGGUCAACAGCCCCGUAGUGCUCCCUCCACUCCUCCCUACCCCCUUCAGGCUCCCACUCGGCAUCAUCCCCGAUAAAAAUCUCCUCAAUGCUCUCUCUGUGCGGAGCAACGAUUUGCUCCAAAAUCUCCCUCGCGCCAAACAUAUCAAACCCAUGCAUCGAAUCGGUGGACGCAACGAGCAAUUUCUUCAUUUUUCUUUCGCCGUUGGUGAAUGCUUCCGCCACUUCAAGCAAUGCUUCAUUGUUUUCUUGCUCUGUGCCACGGAUGAAUUCAAAGUCCGUUACGUGAGGC